GAACUGUUAUCUUGUUUCUAUAAUAAAAAAAAAGCCGAAGGAGGAGUUGGGGGGUGGUGAAAGUGUGUGGAGGAAUCGAGGCCAGGGAUUUCUGGGCCAUUCCUUUAGUGUUCGGGAGAGGGAGUUGGGCUCAGAUGGUGACAGGGAGCCGCUGAAGUUGUUGGUUCCCUGGCCGGGGGAGCUUUAGCGAGCAGCUUGUUGUAUCCAUUUGCUCGGUUACAUUGUGACAGCCAUGGGGACGUGUUACAGUCUCAGGUCGCGGCUUAUCGGUCCCCACAGCGCCUCCAGCAUCGCGUACUCCGGGGGCCGGCCGACCAACGCCAUCGCCGGCGGAGGGGAAGGCGAAGCUGGCCAACACGAGCAUCCGGACGGGCAGCUGAGAGAGCGGCUCCGGUCUGAGGAGAAAGCCCGCCUCAAAGCGGAUAAGAAACGGAGCCGCAGCAUCGACAAGAGCCUGAAGGCGGAGAAGCGCGAGUACAAGCAGACCCACCGGCUCCUACUGCUCGGAGCUGGUGAAUCCGGUAAAAGCACUAUCGUCAAGCAGAUGCGAAUUUUACACGUCAAUGGAUUUCAUGCCGAUGAGAAAAAACGGAAAAUUCAAGAUAUUAAAAAUAAUAUUAAAGAAGCUAUAGAGACAAUAGUGGGUGCAAUGAAUACACUUGUACCACCAGUCCCAUUAGCCAAUCCAGAGAAUCAGUUUCGAUUGGAGUACAUUCUAAACUUAGCGAAUCAGAAAAACUUCGAAUUUACACCGGAGUUCUAUGAACAUACAACGAUACUCUGGCAGGAUGAAGGUGUGAAAGCAUGCUACGAGAGGUCGAAUGAAUAUCAGCUCAUUGAUUGCGCACACUACUUUCUAGACAGGAUUGAUAUAGUCAAACAAAAUGACUACAUACCUCCAGACCAGGAUCUUCUGCGAUGCAGAGUUUUGACAUCGGGAAUUUUUGAGACGAGGUUUCAAGUUGAAAAAGUAAACUUUCACAUGUUUGAUGUCGGAGGGCAACGAGACGAGCGCAGGAAGUGGAUUCAGUGUUUCAAUGAUGUCACUGCUAUCAUAUUUGUGGUGGCAAGCAGUAGUUACAACAUGGUUAUACGAGAAGACAAUCAGACCAAUCGUCUCCAAGAAGCUCUUAAUUUGUUCAAAAGUAUCUGGAACAACAGGUGGCUGCGGACCAUUUCUGUAAUUCUCUUCCUAAAUAAGCAGGAUUUACUGGCAGAGAAAGUAUUGGCAGGAAAAUCUAAAAUUGAGGACUACUUUCCUGAGUUUGCUCGUUACACUACACCUGAUGAUGCAUCACCAGAGCCUGACGAAGAUCCAAGGGUCACAAGAGCCAAGUACUUCAUCAGAGAUGAGUUCCUGAGAAUCAGCACAGCAAGCGGCGAUGGGAGGCACUACUGCUACCCUCAUUUCACAUGUGCAGUGGAUACCGAGAACAUUCGCAGGGUGUUCAAUGACUGUCGGGACAUUAUUCAACGUAUGCACCUUCGUCAGUAUGAAUUAUUGUGAUGGAGAGCACUUGUCUUUGUGUAUUGGACUCUUUAUUCCUCAUUUAACUUGCCCACACAGGUGGAAGAGAACUGGUGCGGUCUCUCUCCGAAUGCACCCCUCCACUUUUCUCCCUGUCGGACAACAGCAGAACUUCUUGCUUGCUUCUGUCCCCUGGACAGUGUGAGAUGGCAUCACCUAAAUGCCCAUUUACAUGUGGGUUUUCCUACUACUUUAACAAAAUCAAAAAACUUAACCAAAUGCCCUGGACGAGGAGUACUUGAAGGAAUAGAAAGCAAAACUAAAUCAAAAACCCACACAAAUUGGGGAAAACUUGUUCCAGGGUAAUCAUCGCUGAUGUGGGCUUAUAAUAUCGAUCCUGUAUCCAUUCACAGCAACAGAAAAUGCGAAGGUGCCAAGUCCAAGCUGAAGACUAGACCUCUGAUGUAUUCCAAGCCUGACAAGGUGUGGAAUGGACAUGCUGAAUCCCUGCAGAUCCGAACAGUGCAAAAAAAAGAAAUCUGAUAAAGCCUCGCUGGUUUUUGAGAGGGGCGUUUUUAACAAAAAAAAAUAAAGUCUGGCAGUCCUUGGACCUAGAACGUGAUGAACUGCUUUUGGCCUGUGAUUGUAGAAAGAAUUAACCACACACACUGUUUUAGUUCUCCACAGAUGAAUCGUUCAGCUUUGUUCGUUCACUGGACUUCAGUCCAAUUUAUUUCUUUCCUGUCUAUUCUGGCUUCCCCUAUUCCCUUCCCUCUAUUUUUGUUUAUUUUACUUCUGGAUUAUUAUUCUUGUACAGACUGUAAAAUGUAUUAUUUUGUACAACUUUAUUGAAAAUAACUUGUAGAAGAUCUUUGUGCCUUGAUUAUGGCUGUACCUGUAAAAUGAGCUAAGAUGUAAGUAUGUUUGAUUGCGCUGUACAGCUUUGUCAGCCCUAUCUGCAGCAUUAGCUCAAGGUAGGGAAUUUAUCUGUAGUUUAGUUUUUUUUCUGGUUUAUAAAAGAAGGAAAAAUGCUGUUUAGUAUAUUAAAAAGAAAGUACAAAAUUGUGCAAAUUAACCACUUAAGAAGUGAGGUCUUUAACAAGUGACCAGACGUUGCAGCAUCAUUUGCUUUUUUUAAUUUUAGCUUUAACUCAUUUCAGUCUAUCCAGAUGCAAACAUGGCUUGUUUCUACAUAAACCAAAUUUUGCUACAAAUUAUAAAUGUUAGUCUUUGGUCAUUCAUAGUCCUUUAAAUUUUUUUUAAAAUGUAGGCAUUGUGUGAAUAUGGUGAGCAUCGGUAGAUCUGGCUCCUCUGGUCCAACCAACAGCAGAUGUACAAUGUUGGUAAAGUUAACACAAAGCAAGGUGUAACCCUUUGCAUUUGGCCUCAGAAUUCCAGUUGCAAAUGACAUUUUUAUUUCUCUUUUAAUAAAGAGAUACCUUAGAAAA